AAUAGCAACUUCCAAACGACCCAUAAGUACACAAGCCAAUGGAACCCUACCCCCCAAAAAAAACCCUUCUCUCAUUUUUCUUUUCUGCAGUGAUGGAAACCUAAUUGUCCCAUUCAUGACCUAAUUAGGUGGUGGGAAUCAAUAGACAAUAGUAUAUACUUGGAAGUGCAAGAUCUGCAGAUUCUAUAUUAUGAAAGACCAGCUGGAUUGGUAUUUCAGCAGAACCACAUGAAUGGCAAAAAAAUUGUCUAAUUCACCCACUAGGAAGUGAAAAAUACCAGAAUAUUCCUGCAACUUUUGGUGAAGAUCAGUGUUUAACGGUUCAGGAAUUCAGCUAGUUUAGUUGAACCAAUAGGGACAUGCAGUUGCUUUGCCUCAAUUGGCAAAAAGGAGGAAAUGGUGCUUCAGAGGAAUUAAGAAGUAUGGGAAAGAAGGGAGUUGUAGUUAGUGCAGAGCAGGGGAAAUGAAGUGGUAGGUGUCCUUAUAAUAUAGGGUGAAGGGACAUAACUAAUGUAACCUACAGUCAAGCAGAUGAAAGAAGGAAGGGGUUGCUCCUCAAAUGUUCUUGGGGAGGGGAGGGGAAUGGUGAGGACCACAAUGGCAAUUUGCCAAAUGCAGAAGGUGGUCCUCCAUAUUAUCAUCAGCUUAUGCAUAAAUAUCAAUAAUAUUUUAUUAUACUUAAGCAACUCUUGGGUUUCCCUACUUUUCUUAUCCAGAGGGAAACAGAUCAGAGAGGAAGCUGAUCACAUUCCCACUGAGAGUAGUCAUGAACAGUACCACAAUACCAAACACAAAAAAUUACUGCCUAUUCUUAGUCUUAUCACUCAUGAAAACAGUUGAUUAGUGGAGUGGAUUAACAUGCAAGAGGUUUGCCUUCAAAGUCCAUAAUUGAGUAUAUGUUCAGUGUUCGCAUGGUGCGAAAAGAUUGGAAUAGAAUGCGGUGCAAAACAAGCAUGUAAGACAAUAUGAUCGAGAAAGAAACACCGUAACGUAAUAGAGGUACAAUGCGAUCAUAACGUCUCGAGCUCGUGACAACGAGAAAUAAAUGAACAAUGGUCAUGAGAAUAUAAUAUGAUACCUGUGUGGCUGCGGAUUUCAUCUUAUCAGCAUCAGCAUUCAGCAGCAACAACACAAUCUGCACAAGAAAAUUGGAAAUCUGUCCAUAAUCGUCAUCAGUCAUCACACAACUUUACCCACCAUAUAAAACAAAAAGAGAAAAUAGGGCACGAUGGAAUGACCAUCUAGAGCUUCUAUUCCAUUGGAGAUUUUUCUUAAAAUUUCCAUUUUAAUGGGUUAUGGGAUGCCAAUCACUUCUUUUCUGCAUAUAAAUAGAGCAAUGGUCAGCAUACAAUAAUCGUCACCAGUCACCUUCCUUCCUCCCCUCCUUUGCAUGGAACUAACACCACCUUGGCAGCAAAUUAACACCUUCUUGCCAAGGCACCAAAACCUCAAAUACACAGGUGCUGUUAUCUCAACACACGUAUCCAAACACCAGAAACUAAUAUUAACCUGAUCGGAGAAGAUUAACAUGGAGUGGAGGAUAAAUGUGGGAGAUGGUUCAUCGAAGGCAUUGGCCCCAAAGGCAAGUGGUUUUGCUUCAAAACUAUGGGUAGCCCUAAAGGAUUUCUUCAUGGCGUUCUUUAUCAGGAUUAGAGGGUUCUUCCUGAAAGCAUGGAUGAUAGGGGUGGACGACCCUAGGAAAUUCGUCCAUUGUAUUAAAGCAGGAAUGGCUCUUACACUGGUUUCACUCUUUUACUACAUGAGACCUCUGUAUGAGGGUGUUGGUGGCAAUGCCAUGUGGGCUGUCAUGACUGUUGUAGUUGUCCUCGAAAACACCGUAGGUGCAACAAUCUAUAAAUGUUUGAACAGAGUAUUUGCUACUUCUUUAGCUGGAUUUCUUGCCUUGGGAGUUCACUGGGUUGCUAGUCAACCUGGACAGAGAUUUGAACCCAUCAUUACUGGUCUCGUUGUCUUCUUGUUAGCUUCUGCAGCAACUUUCUCCAGGUUCAUUCCAACUAUAAAAGCUAGGUUCGACUAUGGCUGCCUGAUCUUCAUCCUCACUUUCAGUAUUGUGAGUAUAUCGGGAUACCGGGUUGAACAACUGUUUGAUGUGGCUCAUCAAAGGAUGGCCACAAUCAUCAUUGGAACUUCCUUGGUCACCAUCGUGACCAUGUUCAUCUCCCCCAUUUGGGCCGGCCAGGAGCUCCAUACCCUCAUCAUUCGCAACAUGGACAAGAUUGCCAAUUCCUUGGAUGGAUCUAUGGACUUGUAUUUUGGCCAGAACAAGGAAGAAACUGAUCCUGACAAACAACUUGCCAACAAGUCGCUUGGUUACAGAUGUGUACUUGGCUCCAAGGCCUCUGAAGAGUCCUUUGCGAAUUUCGCGAGAUGGGAGCCAGCACACGGCCGAUUCAGCUUCAAGCACCCAUGGCAGCAGUACCUGAAGAUCGGGGCCGCCAUACGAAGCUGCGCGUAUUGCAUCGAGGCGCUCAACGGCUGCAUCAAUUCAGAGAACCAGGCUCCGGACCCAGUGAAGAAGCACCUGAAGGAGGCUUGCGAGAGAGUGAGCUCGACUUGUUCGAGCAUCACAAGAGAGCUGGCCAAAACCAUCCAAACAGCGACGAGAUCGGCCGCCGUGGAUCUCCUGGCGAAGGAGAUGAGCGCCGCGGUUCAGGAGCUCCAGAAUUCGCUGCAAUCGCUUCCCGACGCGCUGAAGCAGGAGGAGUCGGAGGAUUGUGAAGCGAAAUCAGGGGGGAUCGUGCCUCUGAUGGAAGUGAUUCCGGCGGCGACAUUUGCGUCUCUGCUGAUUGAGAUUGCUUCUAGGGUUGACAUCGCGGUUGGGACGGUGAAGGAGCUGGCGGAGAUGUGCGAAUUCGAAGUCGGCGGCGGGAGUGCGAGUGAGAAGUCGGCGGCGGAUGGGGGAAUUGCGGUUGAGAUGGAAACAGUGAAGGUCCUUCAGAGGGUCUGAGUUUUCUUCAGGAUGCGGGAGUGGGGGGGAGGGGCAAAAAGGGAACAGUAAUUAGUAACCCGAAUCCUAGGAUGAUUACGAUUCAUGUGGUCAUCUUGUAACUUGUAAGGUUGGUAAGAUCAACGUUUUUUUAACACUAUUUUCCUUUUGUCACGGGAUACUAAUUCGUCGGGAAGGAUGAAUUAGAAGUCUUGAAGUUGAAUGAUGCUCCAACAAUGUGUUCGUACGAUUAGUUGACUUAUGAGGAACUAAAGACACCACCAAAUAGAUAGUUUUUUUUUGGGAACAUUAUUUUAUGAUGUUGAAACUCAGUCUAGCAUUAAAUUUUCCUUUUGAAC